ACCAUGAACAAUUGUUGGCAAUAGAUACCCCAAACGGGGGGGAAAUUGACCAAGUGCCAAGUGCAACUUCAGCCAAAGUGGUCACAGAUUUCAUGGGCACAUCUUUCCUCUUGUGCUGGCUUUGUGGCUUCCUUGCUGACUCUUUCCUAGGCAGAUUCAAGACCAUUGCCAUCUUCCCUGUUGUCCAAGCCCUUGUACAGUUACAAGAAAUCCAUGUGGAGCCCUAUUCUCCACAUCCUCCAGGUCAUCGCAGCAGCCAUUGGGAAGAGGAAAAUGGACUUCUUCAGCAACCUCCAGAGGAUAGCAAUCGGCCUAGUUCUCUCGACAAUCCCUGGCCGAAAGCCAGCGCUUAUCCGCCGCCACGAAAACCCUCCCGAUAUCGGUCUUCCUGCUGAUCCUAAAGUGAUGAAGGCCAUGAGCACGGGGCUCUUCCUCACCACGCUCACCUUCGGCUUCUUCGUCAUCAGCUUCCUGGUCAUGGUGGUGAAGAAAGUGACUCAGAGUGGGAAGCUCGAUUGCUUCUACGGGCUAUUGGCCGUUCUUGGAGUGGUGAACUUUGCUGUGUUCUUGGUGUGUGUUGUCCUAGUGGGAAGGGAACGAGGGUGAUGGGAAUAAGUUGAAUGGUGGUGGGUCGUUGGAGUUGGAGAUUAUAGAGAAGAAGACUAAUGAGGUUGAGAAGUGUUAGUGAGUAGGGAUGGCAAUGAGUCGAGUUAGGGGUUUUGUCAAAUAUAAACACAAACUCAUGGGUUUAUCCGUUAAAAAGAUCCGGGGUAAAAUUAGUUGGGUUUGAAAAAUUCAAACCCAACUCAACUUGCUGGGUAUCCGCGGGUUCAUGGGUACCCGUGGAUUUUUGCGGUAAAAAAUUUACAAUAACAAAUUUCUUCCAAAUGAAAGUUUAACAUCAAU